AUGAAGGGGUUGUCCUGCCCGUGCCCUGCCCUGCCCCAGUUUGGGCAGCGGGAGCCUCGCUUCAUGGCUCAGGGCUCCGGCACUCCAGCGCAGGGGCAAGGGCCCCCUCUCAACGCCCAGGUGCUGCGGGCCCAGUACGAAGGCUUGAGGAGGCUGCAGAGGACCCAGGCCCACCUCAUGGUGCUCCCAAUAGGAGGGAACACGCCUACUCCUGCUGAAUCCAUGACCAGUGCUGUUUGGAUUAACAAGGAGAGAAGGAGCUCAGUGUCUCUGGAAGAGGGAGAUGAUGAGGUAGAGGGGACGCCAGACGAGGCGGCCAGAGGUCAUCAUCAGGCCCCGGGGUCUGCAUGGCACACGCACCUGGAGAUGCAUCGCUUGGUCCAAACCUACCAGGAAACCGAUCAUCAAGUAAAACCCAAAGGCCAGCUCAUAGAGUCUCUCCAGAGGCUCCCUCCAGACGGAGACCCAUGCUUGCUUGAAAACAAUCAGAUGAGUCAGCAAGGAACCCAAACUCCAGAGGAAGCCCAAUGUCCAUGUCAGGUGGGCAGUACCCAAACUAAGGCAGUGGGUUGCAGUUCAAAAACCAGCAUUCAGUGUCUUCCUCCCAUAGGGAACUCACACAGGUCUGGCAAAGCAGCUCAUUAUCCAUUUCCACAGAGGAAAACUCCCAGGAUCUCCCAAGCUGCGCGGAACCUGGGCUUGUAUGGCCCAGUCUGAAGCUCUCUACUCAGCCAGAUGUCCCAGCCUUGUGAUCGUCACAGAACCACGGAGGUUCUAGGUCUGAGCGAGAAACAGUCUACUGGUCUACUGGAAGUAUAGGAAUUCUGAGAAAUGAACGUGUGGGAACAUGGACUUGUCUUAGGGGAGAGAGAGAGAUUGCCAACGUCAGAUUGCUCACCGUUUACAAUGAAAGGGUACUGCCUGGUCAGUGCAGACCAAUUCUGCUUGAAACAAAGCCUUUGCUAUGGAGCCCUGGAUGCCCACACCUUGGGGAGGCCAACAGCACAUCUGCUUUGUCUCUAGGCCUGGAGAAUUUUCAAACGCCAAGCAGGGAACCUAACCUGUGGGGUGCCUCAGUGAUGCCCAGGGACCAGUGGACACAGGCAAUCUUGUUUUCAGUGUCUUCUGAUUUGUCACAUAUGCUGGAGAAGUUGAGCUCAGAAUUCACAGCUUUUUCUGGUCACUAUGUCCGGGGGAUACUUCACUCAGUAGUCACUACAUUGGUCGUGACCACGUCGUUUCAUCUAGAGCCUCCUAAAAUGUGGUCACCCUGGAGAAGGAGGGUCAGAUCCUCGCCACCUACCAUUUUGUGUUGAAGGCAUCUUCAGGCAAGGCUGGCUGUCACCUGUCACCAAGGCUGCAGAUCCCAGCCUCAUCACAGAUGUUUUCUCCCUCCCUCCUGUCUCCCUCUCUCUCUCUUUUCCUUCCUUCCUUCCUUCCUUCCUUCCUUCCUUCCUUCCUUCCUUCCUUCCUUCCUUCCUUCCUUCCUUCCUUCCUUCCUUUCUUCCACCUUUCUUUCUUCUCUUGCUCUCUUUCUGCAAAUUCACUUCUUAUUGUAAACUGCCAAUCAUUGAAGCUAUAUAAUGAUAAGAGACUAAAAAACACAGAGAACUACUCCUGCUUGGAAAAUACGUGUUCCCCACAGACUUGCCCCCAUUCAGCUUGAUUUGUAUCACUCAGACCCUGCCUGGGAUCAAAGACAUAUGUUUUAACCUAAGCCUAAGUGAAGCAGAUGUUCUUUGGGUGAUGAGGAAGAAAGUGUAUCUUUCCUUUCUAAUGUUUAACUUCAGCAGUGAUACUGAAACACGCGGGAGCCUUUGUAUGCGUAUCUGUUUCUCUUUCGGUAAAGUUUCAACCACAUCUUCCUUUUUGUCACAUGAUGGUUCAGUCUUACCCAUCCAUAUCACGGCUGCUAACUUGGAAUGUGUAUGUGCCUGCACUUGGACCGCUCAAUUCACUCCAAUCUGCAGAUUGAUUGUGAUUCCUGUCAUGAAUAAUGAAUGUUUCAGUUGUUUUUAUCUACAUUGAAAAUCAAGGACAGUUUCUGAAAAUA